ACUGCACGAACAGCUGUCAGUCGAUGUUAUGAAACUGGCAUGCUGUCAUCCGGCGCUGUGCGCUCUGUUUACGUAAAAUUCAGUACGGGAGGGGGAUAAGUUUUUCCACCAACGACGACGGAAAUAUGUUGCAAUUUCCCAUCCUUAGUCGGAUUGUCCCGCUCGUAGGACACACAGCCCGUUCCGUCCACAGCAGUGCCGGGCUACUGUUCCGCAGCACACCGGUUCUGUGUGCCGAGCCCCUUAAAAAGAAGAAAAAGCUCGAUCCGCAGGUGGUAAAACAGCGCGAGGAGCGCAAACGGAAGCGGUUGGAAAAGCAAAUUCGUCGGCUAGAGAAAAAUGCCCGUCAGCUGAAACCGAUCGAAGAGCUGGAAGUGCCGAUGGAGCUGAUCGACGAGCAAGCCAAGCGGAAACGCAACGUACCGAAACCAACGACGGAGCUACUCGAAAGCCGUGCCCUGCUGGAGAAGCAGUGGGCCAAAUACCGGAUGCAGGAAACGCUCGCCGACUAUCAACUGUUCGAUCGGAUUGUGGCAGCACAGACGAAAGCGCUGAACGAGCUGAAGCUGGAAUCGGAAGAUUUGUACCAGCAGGCGGUACAGCCCGAUCCGGCACUGGUACCGUUCCGGGCACAAGGUCCCGUUGCUACCCCACCAAUCAAAGGCUACGAACAACCGGACGGGGAGUAUAUCGACGUUUCCCGGAAGUGGGAAUAGUUCCGCUUGUGAAGCCGAGAAGCUUGAGCAGGCCAUCUGUAAGCACAUUAGCUGCGAGCUUUGUUUUACUUUAAAUUAGUGCGAGUUGUUUUCUCCUUUAAGUAACGAAACGCAUCAGCCGUUUCAUAAUAAACAUGGGAAUGUUCAUCACGAUCCCUUUUGUAAGGCUAG